GCAGGAAAGGGGAGAGGGGGUGGGGGGCAGUGGUGAGAUGGCGAGCUUUGCAUGCUCAGCCCUGCCGCGACAGCGACCAGAUCAAACCACAGAUGGUGAGUGAGUUUGAGAGGGAGGCAAAGAAGAAACUCACCCAGGUCUGACACCGGUGUUUUGUAGCUGCGCCUGUUAGGGAAAGGAGGGCUGUGGGCGGAGAAGGGAAAAGGUUAGCCCGCCGAGGAGCCAGCGGUCCUUUUUUAAAGUAAAGGAAGGAGGUGGCAAGAAAAGCCAGCAGAAGCAGAGGAAUUGGAGGCGAGGGGUUGUUGGAAGCAGGAGCACGGGGGGAGCUGAGCACACAGCAUCCUGCUGGCUCCCUGGUUGAACAGGAACUGAACUGAGAAAUCCUCCCGCUCGCUGCCGCUGCCGCAUUCGGAGCUCCGGGGGUCUCACCACCGCGCACGCUGCCCCCAGGCUGCCUCGCGCCCAUGAGCUAGAGAGCCGCCUCCCGUCGCGGGCCCCCGCGGUAGAUGACCGUGGACAGCACCAUGAGCAGUGGGUACUGCAGCCUGGAUGAAGAUCUGGAGGACUGUUUCUUUACUGCCAAGACUUCCUUUUUCAGGAAUGCACAGAGCAAGGCCCCCUCCCAGAAUGUCUGCAAACCCGUGGAAGAGGAGAAGCGCCAGGUCCCCACACUUAAGGAAAUCAAACAGAAAAUUGACAGUUACAAUAGCAAGGAGAAAAAUUGUCUGGGCAUGAAGCUGAGCGAUGAUGGUACCUACACAGGCUUCAUUAAAGUGCAUCUGAAGCUUCGGAGGCCGGUGACAGUACCGGCUGGGAUCCGGCCCCGGAGUAUCUACGAUGCCGUCAAAGAGGUGAACCUGGCUGCCACCACGGACAAGAGGACGUCCUUCUACUUGCCGCUGGACGCCAUCAAGCAGCUGCAUAUUAGCAGUACCACCACGGUCAGCGAAGUCAUCCAGGGGCUCCUCAAGAAGUUCAUGGUAGUGGACAAUCCCCAGAAGUUUGCUCUGUUCAAGCGGACGCACAAGGAUGGACAAGUGCUAUUUCAGAAACUCUCCAUCACCGAGUGUCCCCUUUACCUUCGCCUGCUGGCCGGCCCUGACACAGACAUCCUCAGUUUUGUGCUGAAGGAGAACGAGACAGGAGAGGUGGAGUGGGAUGCUUUCUCCAUCCCAGAGCUCCAGAACUUCUUAACCAUUCUGGAAAAGGAAGAACAGGACAAAAUCCAGCAAGUGCAGAAGAAGUAUGACAAGUUCAAGCAAAGACUGGAGGAACUCUUGAGAGAUGCCCAGGGCAAACCUGGCUAACCCUGCCUGCCUCCCCUUCCUGCCUUGUCCUGGAACGGCUCCAGAGGAGAACGGAUUGGUAUUAUUAUUAUUUUGCAACAGACACUUUUCUCAGGACACAUCUGGCUGGGUACUCUUAUGCUCACCCUCAAGUUGUUCCAGAUGGGCAGUAACUUCUCCGAUAUGUUGUGUCUUGGGAUUUUUCCUCUCGCCCCUUCCCGUGUCACCCCUCGGCCCCCAGAGACACUGUUGUGGGAGCAGUACCAGUGUUCUAAGAGAAUCUUUCUCUUGCUCUGUCAAACUUCAGGCCUUUCAGAAACCCAACAGCUGCCUUGACGCAUCACCAAUCCAGGACCUAUCACUGGUUGGCCAAGGCAGAUAUGGGAAAAACAAGGAAAAAUGAUUUUAAAGAGAUGCGUAUUCCUUCCUAGACCUCUGUUCUGUUCUCUCUUCCCUCCCUUCUCUUAUUGAACAGCUUUAUUUAUUGAGUCACAUAAUAAAAGAGCUGAAUGUUCA